AUGAACGAUGGCUUCAGGGGCAAACAGCAAGCUAUCUUGGUCGGCAGACGUCUUUCCAUCGAUGAAUAUGACAAAGCAUUCUGUAGCGAUCUUACGCGCUGCAAACAGACUGCCCAGGCCAUCAUCGAUCACCAACGACCUGGCGUGACGAUCCCAAUGGAUUAUCGAUCUGAUAUCCGAGAACGUGGAUUCGGUUCUCUCUCUGGAAAACCCAUAUCUUAUCUCAUGACCGAAGCUGCUCGUCGAGGUGGAAACAUGGAUCACUUUGUCAAGGAUAAUGGUGGUGAAACGACAGACGAGUUUGAGAAAAGAGUUAUCCAGGCCUAUCAAGACAUAUUGAAGGAUAUCGAAGAAACGGAUGCGGAUGUGAAACGCGUGCUGGUGGUGACACAUGGAGGACCUUUGAAGGUGCUUGCCCGGUACUGGAUUGAGCAAGCACAGUUCAAGGUCGACCCAGCCAACUUUGCGACGGCCGGUAACCACGGGAACACCGCUGUCACUCGGAUACAGGUGCCAAGGCAACAGCAAGGUCAAAAUGGCUUCAUAGAACUUUUGAAUUCUACCACGCAUCUCGGUGACCAGCGUGGACCCGUCGAUCCUCCACCUUCUGUUUAG